GCGAGUCGUCAAAUCGGAGAAGAAAACGCCAUGCAUUUUGACGAAAACGAUCGCGAUUUUUUCUUUUCUCCUCAUUUCCAUUUUCUUUCUCUGUGAGCUUCGUUAUCUGCUUUUCGCUUGAACACUGACACCGAGAUUUGGAUUUUUUUGUUAAUUGCAUUGUAUCUGUUCUUCUUUGUCGAUUGGAAUAAUGCAUUUGUGAUGUUUCCACUUCGAGGAAGGAAUGAGUCUAUUAGUUCAGAGAAGCUGGAGAUGAGUAAAGAAAGUUCCCAUACAAAAGAGAAAACGACUAUUGGUCGUUCUUCAUCUAGUGAAGUGAAGAAGCCUGCAGAAAAAGAGCUAAGCUCCUCCACGUUUGUUAACCAGGCUGCAAUUCGUUGGCAUGAGAGUAGAAAGAAGUGGGUCGAUACUAAACAAUCUCAACAACAACAAAGAAUGGAAAGGGAUUCGAUCAUAAGCUGGUCAACAGCAUAUGAAGAUUUGCUCUCCACUUACGAGCCCUUCAGUGAGCCAAUACCUCUCCCUGAGAUGGUAGAUUUCUUGGUUGAUAUAUGGCAUGAUGAAGGGCUUUUUGACUAGAUAACACAAAAAAUAUUUAAGCAGUAGACAAGUUUCGAGACCGAGGUACCGAGUUUCGGGAUACUACCAGUUCUUCCAUCUAAUUCUAUGAAGAUUAUGAUCUUACAUCGUUGUGAUCUUUGUUCAAACUAGCAGCUAAUUCAACAUUUGUUUUAUUGGCCUCUGUUUAUGGGGGUAACAUCUGAUAUUUUUGCACAAGUUCAGAGUCGUGGACACUUAUUUGGAGAAUUAUUUUUUAUGUUU